AUGACAAAAAAGUCAAAAAUCUAUGCGAUUGGUUAUAAUGCUUUUAGACAAACUCGCCCUGAAAGUCAGGAUGCAAUCAUCAGUUUACCAAUCGAUAUAACGGAGUUCGUAGACAAGAUAAUUUGGGCCAAUAUGAACGUAACUUUGGGCGAAAAGUCUAUAAAAAAUGGGAAUGAUUCAACAGUAUUGUUAACAUGGGGUUUUGACUCUGUAGAAAAUAAGAUAAUUUCUCCGACUCGUAAAUCUUUGCAAAGAAUAAAAAAAUGUUUUGGUAAUGACAAUGGCAUCCGAGGUUUUCUUGACAUUGAUGGAAAUAUACACUUCGAAAGGGAACAUUCGGGAAUGUAUGAAAUUAGUCAUUUUCACACAAAAAUUGUUGAUGUCUCGCAAUUUUGGACCGGUAAUGCUAUAAUUGUGGUAACAGUGGAUGGAAAACUGUACAAUUGGAAUAUUGAACAGGCCUCUUCGGAAAAGAUUACACUAGUUGAUGAUACGAUCGACCAAUUUUUCACAACAGUAGUAUGUGGAGAAAAUCAUUGUUUGGCAUUGACUCAAACAGGACAAGUAUUUAGUUGGGGAUCUGGAAGAUAUGGACAAUUAGGCCAUGGAGACACAAAAUCUUUAGAUAAGCCUAAAGUAAUUGAAUUUUUUUUGGGCUUGAGAGUAACUUAUAUCGCUUGCGGUGGAUGGCAUUCAGCAGUGAUUACUGGUGAUUUAUAUACUUUUGGAUGGAAUCAUUUGGGAAGACUGGGUAUUCCUCCUCCUGAUGAAGAUGAUCACACGCAACCUUCAAUUAAUUAUGCUGAACCUACAUUGAUAGAACUUGAUGAAGAAAAAGAUUUGGGACCUAAUGUGAUAAAGGUUUCCUGUGGAAGCGCUCAUACUGCCAUCAUUACAGAUGAUUAUCGACUUUGGACUUGUGGAUGGGGUAAAUAUGGACAACAGGGUCAAGGACCAGAUAAACUAUUUGAUAAUCUUACCUUCAUUCCU